UCAUUGCUUAAUUAAUAGAAAAAAACUCGAAUAACCAUCAUAAAAUAAUAAACCAAUAAAAAUUUAUAUUAUUUAAUAUUAAAUACUUAUAAAACAAUGCUAAAAAGUAGUAAUUUGGAAAGUAUUAUUAAUGCUGUGGAAAAGGAAGGUCAGCCGCCGUGCGCAACAGAUGAUUUGCAAGUACAAUUAUCGUCAGCUGUGAAUAAUAAGGACUUUAGCAAUAUCAAUCAAAUACCGCCGCUACAAGCUGACAAUACUUUUGAAAAUGUUAAUAAUGUUGAAAACGAUGCUACUUUCGCGGCAAACGCAAAUACUGAGCUGCCCCCUUCAUUGGCUAACAGACAGUUGACCACUGGUCUAUUGCAGAUUUUCGAGCCACCAUUGUCCAAAGCGCGCGGUCAGCUGAAGGAACUCAUUGGCAAACAGAAUAAAAUUUACAUUGAUUUGUCGACGGAGAAAUACAGAUUAGAUAAUGCUGAAACUGAGAAACUGCAAGAAAUGAUGAACAAUGUAAAAAUUUAUCGCGAAAAGUUAAUAAAGAUUAAAAAACAAAUGCAAAGCAUUUAUCAACGUACUAAAGUAUUGAAGAAACGCGCACUUAAUGUGCAGUACUGUAAACAGAAAGAACUACAACGCAAACUGUACAAACAACAACAAGAGGAAGCCUUGAUUGCCAAGCAAACGCAACAAACCAAAGCAACAACGCCGUUGCAAUGAAGAGGAGCAAACUAAUAAUUGAAUGUACACGGAAAUUUUCAUAGAUUUUGUAUGUAAUAUUGAAUGAAAGAAUUUUAAAGACUUGCAUAUUAUUAUAGUUAAAAAAGUAGAUUUUUAUAUAUUUCAUAUAAAAUAUACAUACAUAUAUAUUAAUAUAUUUAAUUAAAAUGAAAUGAAUGCCCUAUGAGCGCCAUGCCUUUCUUAACAUACAUAUUUUUGUUUUUAAGUUUCUGCGCCACAAAAAGAAUGAGCAUAAGAACAAGCUACCAUGC